AUAAGCCCAAUGAGGUAUUUAAACUCAAGUUAGCAAAGUUUUGUGUUGUGUUUUGUAAAGGAAAGCAGAGUAUUUGGUAAUGAACACAUUAAGAAUUGACCAGAUGUUGCUUUCUAUCACAAAACAGUUUGAGGAAGGCAUCUUAGAUUGCUGCCUCUACCUUUUGGACAAAAGCAAACUUGUGGCAAAGGAGAGGAGAGAUCCUGUGAAGAUCACCAGAGCCAUGUCAGCAUUGGUUAACAAGGAGGAUGAUGAAGGAGUGCUCGAAGGAAAAUGGAAGCUGAAGAAGUCAUGUGACGGUCAUACGUGCCCUCAUUCUUGGAAAGGAAGUGUUCCAAUUCUGAAUGAGUAUUACAAAACGAAGAAACCAGUCAAGUAUGCCCAGUGCUGGGUUUUCUCCGGUGUACUUACCACAAUCUUGCGAUGUCUGGGAAUUCCAACCAGAAGUGUGACCACAUACGAUGCUGGAGUUGAUAAAGAUGGAAAUUUGAAAAUAGAUCAUCCUGAUGAUACUGUUUGGAACUUUCAUGUAUGGAAUGACGUCUGGAUGAAAAGACCUGAUUUACCAGAUGGCCAUGAUGGUUGGCAGGCAGUUGAUGGGACAAAUCAGAAACCAAGCCUAGGAAUUUAUCGUUGUGGCCCUGCAUCACUAAAGGCGAUCAAAAAGGGUGAAAUCGAUCUCGACUAUGACACCAGGUUCCUGUUUGCUGCAGUGAAUGCAGAAUACACAGUCAAAAUCGGAACAAGAAUAAUCACCAGAUCUCUUUGUGAAGGGAAGCCUUUUGAAAACAUCAUGGAUGAUUACAAAUUUCCAGAAGGCUCAAUUGAGAGAACAAAGGCUUUGGAACUUGCAAAAUCUCUACCUAUCCCGAAGAAUGACUUGGCACAAACAUAUGGGGAAUCCCACCUGGAGGAACUAAAUCAAACAAAAUAAAGUGUGCAGCAAAAAAAAAAGAAAGAAAGAAACCUGGAGCUCAACUGAUAACAACCAAAUGGAACUCCAGCCAAGUGAAAGGAAUUACUACAACACAAUUUAUUGACAUCAAUUGUCAUGAAGCUGCACAAAAAAAAAUUGCCCUGCUUGCAACCUUAAUCACUGGGUAAAAUGUUUAACAGAGAAUCAUAAUAGUCAAGUGUUUAAGUUCCAUAGAAAUAAUUACCUGGUACCAUUUGAUUCUAGUAGAUAAGAAUUUAAUUGAAUCUUCUUUUCUUAAUUUUUAAAUAUGCAACACAUGGCAUAUAAGUAGAUCUACUUGUGUUUCAUAAUCUAGAUUUUCUCUUAUAUAACCUCCAAAUGUAACAUUCUUAUGAGUUGUUGCAGUAAUAAAAUUGCAUAGCACACUUUUAUCUUUUUCCACCUGCAUUAUAAUAAAGAUGAUU